CCGUUGCGGUUUGGGACAGUAGGCGAGGCGUCUCUGCAAACAGGUGUGCGACUGGCCGAAACAGGCACACAUAAUACGACUUUUUUCGCCUUGUUUAGCGGAGGUGGACCUCCAGCACCGGUGUCGAAGCGAUCAUCCUCGUAGCGGGACAGGGAGAGGAGGGGGAGUCUACUAUCAUUUUCAGGCUUUGUAGUUGCAUUUGAUCGUUUCGAAAAGGGGCUCGCGGCUCACAAAGAGGAAGGGAUGGCAACUAAGAAACCAUGCGCGUCUUUAACAAAAAGGAGCCGAAGUCCCGUCGUGCUGGAGGCAGAGAUGUUCAGCGAAUUUCAGGACUGGUGUCUCCGGACUUACGGAGACUCGGGUAAAACAAAGACCGUCACGCGCCGAAAAUACAACAAAAUCAUGCAGACCCUGCUACAGAACGAGGAGUCGGACGGUGUCUAUGUCGACAACAGCCAUAUCAACGCCAAAUUCAAAUUCUGGGUGAAGUCCAAAGGCUUUCAGGUCGGCUGCAACAUCUUGGGCGAGCACAACAAGAAAGAGCCAUCGGGGAAGCCCGUCCUGUACGUCCCUGUCAAGUCUACGUGUUCAGAUGGAGGGGCGGCCCAGGACAGCUCUUUGAAGCGGGUUGCUGUGGUGGAGGAUUUUUUUGAUAUAAUCUAUGCCAUGCAUGUUGAGAUGGGGGCAGAUCCCGGACGAGCACCCAAACACGCCGGCCAGAAAAAGACCUAUAAAGCGAUUGCGGAGACCUACGCAUUUCUUCCACGUGAGGCGGUGACCCGUUUCUUGAUGAGUUGUGGAGAAUGCCAGAAAAGGAUGCACAUCAACCCCAGCACGGCAGAGUUCAAAGAGAAUGACCGGCCCACCUCUCUGGUCCCAGACCUCAUCGAUUACAACAUGCCUCUCACUGCUACCUAUCUAAAACAGAUGAAACUACAGUGCAUGAACACCAAUGAGCAGGAUGACAGUUCAGUAAGCAGUGAGGAUUUGGACAUGGCUGAGCCCGCGUGGGUCUCUACUGAGCGUGCUCCAGCUGUAGAGCCUUGCAGCCCCACCGCCCCAUACACAGAGAAGAUGCCUACACCCCCACAGCCCAGCAUUAAAGAGGAAGAAGAUGAUUCUUCUUCAGAGAAUGGCAGCACAGCUAACGGUCUCCCUGCACUGACUCCGCUUAGUGGUGCUGCCAUGGCGACAGGAGGAGUUCCUGCAUCUGAGGGGGUGGUUCCAUAUGGAGAGGUGAACAGUAAUGGUGCCACAGCGCCCCUGGACUUCAGCAACAAUUCAUCGUCCUCUUCCUCACAGGAGGGACAGCAGCCUGUCAACCUAAGCGACAGACUGUUGCCCGGGGUGACGCUCGGAUCCUACGUAACUGACCCCAACAGAAAAUUCCCUGUCAAAACUGACUACGGUAACAAGUCCCCUCAGUACAGCUCAGGAAGCUAUGACUCUGUGAAGACGGAACUGAGCACGUGCGGGGAGGACAUGACCCCGGGUCGCUCUCAGGUCAUAGAUGAUGACGACGAUGAUCACGAUGACCAUGAUGACAGCGACAAGAUAAAUGACGCUGAGGGCCUGGACCCUGAACGACUUAAAGCUUUUAAUAUGUUUGUGCGGUUGUUUGUGGAUGAGAACUUAGACCGGAUGGUUCCAAUCUCAAAGCAGCCCAAAGAGAAAAUCCAGGCCAUCAUUGAGUCCUGCAGCCGCCAGUUCCCAGAGUUCCAAGAACGCGCUCGCAAACGAAUCCGAACCUACCUCAAAUCCUGUCGCCGCAUGAAGAAGGGUGGCUUUGAGACACGGCCCACACCCCCUCACCUCACCUCCGCCAUGGCUGAGAACAUCCUUGCAGCAGCAUGUGAGAGCGAAACACGGAAUGCUGCUAAGAGGAUGCGACUUGACAUCUAUCAGACCCAUGAUGAGUCAGUUGCAGCAGACAAGCCUAACUCCAGAGACCCGGCUGCUCUGGCUCACUCAGGCUUCACACUGGCCGCCUCGGCCUACUCCCAGGACCAACUCUACACCAAUGGUGGACUUAAUUACAGUUUCCGUGGAUACGGGACCAUUGGCAACAGCCUCCAAAACAGUGGCACAUCACAAACCAAUGGUCCCACUGAUCUCAGUAUGAAAUCUUUGGCAUCCAACAGCACUUCCUCCUCCAGUUCAAACAGUCAUGGUCAGGGUGGAGGAGGCGGAGGGGCAUCUGCCCAGCUCAGCCUGCCCGAGGUCACGGCGGUUCGGCAACUGAUUGCAGGCUACCGUGAGUCUGCGGCCUUCCUGCUCCGCUCUGCUGACGAGCUCGAGAACCUCAUACUGCAGCAGAACUGAGGACUGCACACAGGCUGGUGCUGCCCGCCUCUCUCUCAUUAACACACCUACACAAAAAUGCACACUAUGACUGGAAAGAUACAUGUAGCUAUGUGCACUUACGUACAUAUACACCUAAAGCCCAUAGGCGGAGUUUGACUUCACUUGGGGGGAGCGAAAUGGGGGGAUCAGAAGUAUCUGAAUCUGAAGCGCAUGUACAGGGUACAAAAUUGAGAGCAUUUACCAGCCGUAA